AUGUCUUCAAAAGAUGAUUCAUUCAAUCUGAAUGGUCAAAUUUCAAUAGAUGGUCAAAAUUCAAUAGAAGAAAAAGAUAUUCAUGGAUAUACUGGGUUUGAAGGAAACACCGAACAUAUACGGAAUUUAGCAAGAACUUUUACUAAUGAAUCUAUGGAUAAUUCGUCCAUGGCAUUGAAGAAAUAUUUAACAAAUAUGUCAGAAGUACCUGGUGUUAGUCCAUAUUUAAAUGUUGGUAAUGAAAAAUUAAAUCCAGAUUCAGAAAACUUUGAUGCUAAGUUUUGGGUUAAAAAUAUUAAGAAAUUAUACGAAUCCGAUCCAGAUUAUUAUAAACCUUCAAAAUUGGGAGUAGCUUAUCGUAAUUUAAGAGCAAGUGGAGUCGCUAAUGAUUUUGAUUAUCAACCAACUGUUACUAAUGCACUUUGGAAAUUUGCAAUUGAAGGUUUUAGACAUUUAAGAAAAAAAGAUGAAACAAGAUACUUCGAUAUUUUAAAACCAAUGGAUGCUGUAAUGAAGCCUGGUGAAUUAACUGUUGUAUUAGGUAGGCCUGGUGCUGGUUGUACAACGUUACUAAAAUCGAUUGCUGCAAAUACUUAUGGUUUUGAUAUUUUCAAAGAAUCAAUUAUAUCAUAUGAUGGUUUAACACAACAAGAUAUCGAGAACCAUUAUCGUGGAAACGUGAUCUAUUCCGCUGAAACUGAAGUGCAUUUUCCUCAUUUAUUAGUUGGUGAUACCUUAGAAUUUGCUGCAAAAUUUAGAACUCCACAAAAUAGAGGUGAAGGUAUUGAUAGAGAAACUUUUGCAAAACAUAUGGCUAGUGUUUAUAUGGCCACCUAUGGUUUAUCACAUACUAGAUAUACUAAAGUUGGUAGUGAUUUUGUUAGAGGUGUUUCAGGUGGUGAAAGGAAAAGAGUUUCAAUUGCUGAAGUUUCAUUAAGUGGUGCUAAUAUUCAAUGUUGGGAUAAUGCGACAAGAGGUUUAGAUGCAGCUACAGCAUUAGAGUUUAUAAGAGCAUUAAAAACAUCAGCAACAAUCUUAGAAACAACUCCAUUGAUUGCAAUUUAUCAAUGUUCUCAAGAUGCUUAUGAUUUAUUUGAUAAAGUUGUUGUUUUAUAUGAAGGUUAUCAAAUUUUCUUUGGUAAAGCUGAUAAAGCUAAAGAGUUUUUCAUUAAUAUGGGUUAUGAAUGUCCUCAAAGACAAACUACUGCAGAUUACUUAACUUCAUUAACAAAUCCAGCUGAAAGAAUUGUUUUUCCAGGUUUUGAAAAUAAAGUUCCAAGAACUCCAGAAGAGUUUGAAGCUUACUGGAAGAAAUCACCAGAAUAUGCUACAUUGAUUAAAGAAAUUGAUCAACACUUGAUUGAUUGUGAAAAGUUAAAUACAAAAGAAAUUUACCAAGAAGCUCAUGUUGCACGUCAAAGUAAUAAAGUUAGACCUAAUUCACCAUAUACCAUUAACUUUUGGAUGCAAACAAAGUAUAUAAUGCAUAGAAAUUGGUUAAGAUUCAAGGGUGAUCCUUCAAUAACAGCAUUUUCAAUUUUCGGUCAAGUUGUCAUGGGGUUAAUUUUAUCAUCAGUUUUUUACAAUUUAGAUCAAACUACAGGUUCGUUUUAUUAUAGAGGAGCUGCAAUCUUUUUCGCAGUUUUAUUCAAUGCAUUUUCAUCAUUACUUGAAAUUUUAUCAUUAUAUGAAGCUAGAUCAAUUGUUGAGAAGCAUAAAAAGUUUGCGUUAUAUCGCCCUUCAGCUGAUGCAUUGGCAAGUGUAUUUUUUGAAUUGCCUUGGAAAUUAUUAAUGUCAAUGGCUUUCAAUUUUGUCCUUUACUUUAUGGUUAAUUUAAGGAGAAGUCCAGGAAGAUUCUUUUUUUACUGGAUGAUGUGCUUUUUAUGUACUUUGGUUAUGUCACAUCUAUUUAGAACAAUUGGAGCUGUUACAACAUCAAUUGCGGGCGCUAUGACCCCGGCUACUGUUUUAUUAAUGGCAAUGGUAAUCUAUACUGGGUUCGUCAUUCCUAAGCCAUAUAUGCAUGGUUGGGCGAAGUGGAUUAAUUAUAUUAACCCCGUUGGAUAUGUUUUUGAGUCAUUGAUGGAUAACGAGUUUCAUAAUCGUGAAUUUCAGUGUGCAAGCUUUGUCCCUUCCGGUCCAGGGUUUGAAAAUAUUUCUAUGGACAAUAGGGUGUGUCUGGCUGUCGGCUCAGUGCCGGGAUCUGACGUAGUUAAUGGGUCUGAUUAUUUAAGACUUGCUUAUCAAUAUUCAAAUGCUCAUAAAUGGAGAAAUUUAGGUAUAACUUUUGGUUUUAUCUUUUUCUUUUUAGGAACUUAUUUAUUAUUAACUGAUUUGAAUAAAGGUGCUAUGCAAAAGGGUGAAAUUGCUUUAUUUUUAAGAGGUUCUUUGAAGAAGAUUAGAAAAAGAAAUGACCAUGAGACAUUAAAUAAUGAAAAAUUGAAAUAUGAAGAACAAGCAGAAGCUGAUUAUAAUAACAAUUCAAAUUCAGAUGUUGAAUUACCAAGUAAUCAAGAAAUCUUCAUGUGGAAAGAUUUGACUUAUGAAGUGAAAAUUAAAAAAGAAAACAGAGUUAUUUUGGAUCAUGUUGAUGGUUGGGUUAAACCAGGUCAAGUUACAGCAUUAAUGGGAGCAUCAGGUGCUGGUAAAACUACAUUAUUAAACUGUUUAUCAGAAAGAGUUACAGCUGGUGUUGUUACUGAUGGUGUAAAAAUGGUAAAUGGACAUUCAUUAGAUUCAUCAUUUCAAAGAUCAAUUGGUUAUGUUCAACAACAAGAUUUACAUUUACCUGCAUCAACGGUUAGAGAAGCAUUAAGAUUUUCUGCAUACCUUAGACAAUCUAGAAAAAUUUCUAAAAAGGAAAAAGAUGAAUAUGUUGAUUAUAUUAUUGAUUUAUUGGAAAUGAGAAAUUAUGCAGAUGCUUUAGUUGGUGUUGCUGGUGAAGGUUUAAAUGUUGAACAAAGAAAAAGAUUAACUAUUGGUGUUGAAUUAGUUGCAAAACCAAAAUUAUUACUAUUCCUUGAUGAACCAACUUCAGGUUUAGAUUCUCAAACUGCAUGGUCCAUUUGUAAACUUCUUAGAAAAUUAGCAAAUCAUGGUCAAUCAAUUUUAUGUACUAUCCAUCAACCAUCAGCUAUAUUGUUGAAAGAAUUUGAUAGAUUAUUAUUUUUACAAAAAGGUGGUCAAACUGUUUACUUCGGUGAUUUGGGUGAAAAUUGUUCAACUUUAAUCGACUAUUUUGAAUCACAUGGUGCUGAUCCAUGUCCGAAAGAAGCAAAUCCAGCUGAAUGGAUGUUGGAAGUUGUUGGUGCAGCUCCAGGUUCCCAUGCAAAGCAAGAUUAUUUCCAAGUUUGGAGAAAUUCAGAACAAUUUGAACAAAUAAAGAGUGAAAUUCAAAAUAUGGAAACUGAAUUGAGUAAAUUACCAAGAGAUGAAGAUCCUGAUACACAAUUAAAAUAUGCUGCUCCAAUUUGGAAACAAUAUUUAUUAGUAAGUUGGAGAACAAUUGUUCAAAAUUGGAGAUCACCUGGUUAUAUUUAUUCAAAAUUAUUCUUGGUUGUUUCAUCAUCUUUAUUUAAUGGGUUUUCAUUCUUCAAGGCUAAUAAAUCAAUGCAAGGUUUACAAAAUCAAAUGUAUUCGAUUUUCAUGUCAUUUAUACCUUUCCAAACUAUAAUUGAUCAAAUGUUACCAUAUUUUGUUAAGCAAAGAGAUGUUUAUGAAGUUAGAGAAGCUCCAUCAAGAACAUUUAGUUGGUUUGCAUUUAUUACUGGUCAAAUUACUUCUGAAAUUCCUUAUCAAAUUGCUGUGGGUACAAUUUCAUUCUUUUGUUGGUAUUAUCCUGUUGGUUUGUAUGCAAAUGCUGAACCCACACAUCAAGUUGCUCAAAGAGGUGUUUUAAGUUGGUUAUUAUUAACUGCAUUUUAUGUUUAUUCUGCAACAAUGGGUCAAUUAUGUAUGUCAUUUAAUGAAUUGGUUGAUGUUGCUGCAAAUUUAGCUUCCUUAUUAUUUACAUUAUGUUUAUUGUUUUGUGGUGUUUUAGGUAUGUUUAUUAAGUUUAAUUACUGAAUUUUACUAACAAUUAAUUUAGCUGGCCCAGAUAAACUACCAGGCUUUUGGAUCUUCAUGUACCGUGUCAACCCAUUCACUUACUUAAUGUCAGCUGUUUUAUCAGCCGGUUUAGCUAACACUGACGCAACAUGUUCGCAGGUAGAACUACUCACAAUUGAUCCUCCAAAUGGCUAUACUUGUCAACAAUAUCUAGGAGAUUAUAUUAAAGCAGCUGGUGGUUAUUUACAAGAAGGGUCUAACGGAGUAUGUCAUUAUUGUCAAAUGGGUUCAACAAAUACGUUCCUUCUGACGGUAAAUUCUUAUUAUUCAAAUAGAUGGAGAGAUUUUGGAAUAUUCAUGGCCUUUAUAGUUUUCAACAUUAUUGCUACUAUUAUAUUUUAUUGGUUAGCAAGAGUUCCAAGAGGUAAUAGAGAAAAAAAGAAUAAAAAAAAAUUAGUUCAUAAAUUCCAUUAA